AUGAGUGGUCAAUAUAUCGUAAUUAUCGACAAUUCGCAGCUNGGAGGAUCGGCCUACUGUUAUGUCUACACAGCACUGGGAGAAUUGCCGGCCUUUUUGAUCGGGUGGUCACUUCUGUUUGAAUACCAUUUAGCGGUCACUCUUUCGGCUAAAACUUUAAUUCAAUACAUGGAUAGUGUGUCCAAUGGCACAGUUCGCAGUGCUUUCACAUUAUCGCUAACAUACAAUUCAAAUGAUAGCAUUUUCCUUGACGUGCCCUCAGCUUUACUUGUCUUAACACUGGGAUUCGUAUUAAACCGAAACUUAAAAAGCUCCUGUCUCUACAACAAUAUAUUUGUGUUCAUUUGUCUGCUGGUCAUCGGAGGGAUUGUAUUGAGCUCUGCAUAUGAAGCGGACGCUGAGAACUGGACUUCAGGGCCCGGAUUCUUCCCAAAUGGGAUCGUUGGCCUCAAUCUAAUUGCCCCGACACCGACCACUGUCUCGCUAUGGUAUGCCGUGCAUGCCUUUGCUGCCAAUUUGCUCCAUUUGGUUAGAUAUUCAUCUGAUAGAGUAUUCGUAUACAUGAGUUUUGGGGUUUGGAAUGGUUUACAGGCCUCACAAAGUUUGGAAGCACUGGAGGGCUCGCAAACUCAUGAUUCACAAAAUAUCAAUGAAUUGAUUCUCAUUGAAACCAGUGAUGACGGACUCGAACUCAAUGCUUGCGAUCAGAUAGAAGUCAUCGGAUCUUCGGUUUAAUUAUUAUUUUUUACAAUUCAAUUUAAACGCACAAUUAAUUCAUUUCAAUUUAUGUAAUUAAGAAAAUACUAUUCACAAUUCACAC